CAACCCUGACCUCUCGCUCUUUCCCCCAGCUGGUGAUGCUGCUACGUAGCACAUGGCAGGCGCGCAUGUACCAUGGACUAACCUCUCCCCGUGUUAGGUGGUACCUCCCCCUGCCGUCCAUGAGGGGUCGUCUACCUCGUAUUAGCCUGCUCGUUCGACGCCUUCACCUUAACAUCGCAACUUAUACGCCCUUUUUUUCUUCCGCCGUCCACCUCCCUCUCCUCUCCUCUCCCCGUCCGCAAUCCACCGCCGUAACUGACUGGUCAUUUUGUGCUGUCCCCCCCCCCGUCCCCUGGGUAAGUAACCCUGACGGAAGCGAACGGCCGCCUCGCGCUCGUCUGCAUCGGGAAUAACCAAGUGCCUCCCGUCUCACACUCAACACGUCCAUCCCCUAGACCGCCUUCUAGUCUCGAGCAUCGAACGCUGGUUCCGCUGCCGUUGCCUACCAUGGACCGAGAUCUGAUCCUAUCUGCUUCCAAGAAGCACGACAUCGUCCCCGGUAAGGUCUACAAGUAUGGCACCGCCGGCUUCCGCAUGAGUGCGGACCUGCUGGACGGCGUCACCUUCCGAGUCGGUCUGCUGUCAGCUCUCCGGAGCCGCAAGCUCAAUGGCCAGGCGAUCGGCGUCAUGAUCACCGCCAGCCACAACCCCGCUGUCGACAACGGCGUCAAGAUCGUGGAUCCCAUGGGGGACAUGCUGGAGCAGGAGUGGGAGGCGCACGCCACGAACCUCGUCAAUGCCCCGAGCCACGACGAGCUCGUCGACUACUUCCACAAGCUGGCCGAGACGCUCAAGAUCGAUCUGUCGGCCCCCGGUAAGGUCAUUGCCGGCCGAGACACCCGUCCCUCGGGCAAGACGCUCGUCACCGCCCUGAGCGACGCAUUGGCCGCUACGAAUACCACGUAUGUCGACUACAAGAUCCUCACCACCCCCCAGCUUCACUACUUGACUCGCUGCGUCAACACCGAGGGAACCCCUGGCGCGUACGGGGAGGUCAGCGAGACCGGAUACUACAAUAAGCUCAUCCAGGCUUUCUAUCGUGCCUUGCGCGGACGUACCAUCUCCGGGAAGCUCUCGGUCGACUGCGCCAACGGCGUCGGUGGUCCCAAGCUCAACGAGCUUCUGAAGCACCACGACCCCUCCAAGACCGGCCUGGAAGUCAAGGUUUACAACGACGAUGUCCUGCGUCCCGAAGUCCUGAACUUGGACUGUGGCGCGGAUUUCGUCAAGACUAGACAGCGAGCACCCGUUAGCGUAAAGCCUGCUCCCGGCGAGCGGUGGUGCUCUCUGGACGGCGAUGCCGACCGCUUGAUCUACUACUGGGUCGACCCAGAGACCGGGUUCUUCAUGUUGGAUGGCGAUCGUAUCGCCACCCUAGCUGCUUCGUUUAUCGCAGACCUCAUCCGCACCGCCGACUUGCAGGAUAACGUCCGUAUCGGCGUUGUCCAGACCGCCUACGCCAACGGAUCGAGCACCAAGUACGUUGAGCAGCACCUGCAAAUCCCCGUCGUUUUCACGCCCACUGGUGUCAAGCACCUCCACCAUGCUGCUUGUUCGUACGAUAUCGGCGUGUAUUUCGAGGCCAACGGUCACGGCACCGUGUUGUUUUCUCAGAACACCUGGGCGGAAGUCAAGAGGAAGGAGCCUCAGUCUCCAGCACAGAAGGACGCCCUCGAGACGCUCAGCGCCCUAGGCGACCUGAUCAACCAGACGGUUGGGGACGCCAUAUCGGACAUGCUCAUGGUGGAGGUCAUCCUCGCCCACAAGGGGUGGUCCCUGAGAGACUGGGCCAUGACCUAUCAAGACCUACCUAACCGGCUCGUCCGCGUCGAAGUCGGCAACAAGGACCUGUUCCAGACCACCGACGCCGAGCGAAAACUCAGCCAGCCGGAGCACUGCCAGGACGACAUCGACAAGGUGGUGAAGAAGUACACCAACGCACGAUCGUUUGCCAGGGCUAGCGGGACGGAAAACGCCUGCAGAGUGUACGCGGAGGCGGCCACGAGGUCCGAGGCUGACGAGCUCGCAAACAAGGUAGCCGCCAUCGUUAAGGCGUAUGGCGGCUGAAGAGACACCUACGCGGAUGAAUCUCCUUCCCAAAAAAGCAUGUCAGUAGGGGGUCCGGACCGCCUUUAGGAGAGGUGAUUUUUUGGUUGGAUAUGUAGUUGCUAGAACACUCGGACGGCUCAAGUAGCUAGGAACCCCGUACCAGACGGGGACAUGGAGGUUGCGAGGGAAAGGAGGGAAAUCCAAAAAUUCGGUGUGCACGUCGACAUGGGGCGGGGGGCGAGGAACCUCUGCUGCGUAUACUCUGCCUCUCGAUGUAUCUCUACCUAGACGAUGCCGAGACAGAGAUAUUGGGAGGGGGGGUAAAAUACAGCUACUUAGUCGAACUAGUGAGAAACAACUACAACAACAAUAACAAAAAAAGACUUGGUCCCGUU